AGGGAUUAUGUAUUGAAAAUCAAAUAAGAUAUCAGUAGCUUUACAAAAUCCAUACGCGAUAGAUGAUAUACGCUGCUGCUGAGACGUGUCAAAAUAAAUAUGCGCUAUUAGAGGUUUCGCGCGACGAGGAGUACGGAGAUUUUUUUUGUUGUUUCUGUUGUUGUUGUUGGUUUGCACAACUGUUGCGGGUGAAAGAGCUGGCGCGGGUCUUGUUGAGCCGUUGUUGGAGCAUAUUCUUGCGAAUGACUUACCGUCGCAUUUCGGUCGCUCAGCAGCAAUUUACGUUUGCCGUCGUGCUCGUUCACAGUUUCGCGGUGGGUUGGAAGAGAUCGCGCGCGUUUUCCGGCCUGACCGUGCUGGAUGGAUUGUAACGGGUUGCUUGGAUCCGGCCUACUGCAACACUAAAGUGGCGGUGAUGAAAGAUUGUGAGCUUGAUUGCGUUUUUGGAAGAUAAGUGCGAAUUGAUUUGUUAAAAUAAUAUGCAAUAAAUUUCUAGAAACCGUGGAAGAAUUGCGUUUAGAGAUGUGAAAAUAUACGUCCUGUUGGAUUAAAAUACUCCUCACGACGAGAGCAAACAGAAGAAGCAUAAAUCAGUGAAUGAUCGUUAUAGUUUGCUGAAACAGAGUCUACGGCAGUGAACGGAAUUAUGCCUAUAGUGUUAUACCUCAAGUGUGCGUUCGGAAGUGAUAGAUAAAAGAGUGGCCGAGUUUGCGAAAGCGAUUGGCAAGUGAAAAUUACCCACCGCCAUCAUUGGUUCAAAAUUGCACCCAACACGAACAAUCUGGCGGUGGUUAGACAACCAUCCAUGGCCGUUGGGCCGCCGACGGGAGGAUCAGGAAAUCCUCCGCAAAUACCAGUCCAGCCACACCCGAUUCUAGCACCUAGUCCGCUGUUUGCCUUACCGACAUUGAACUUUACGGCGUCGCAGGUUGCGACCGUUUGCGAAACACUGGAGGAAUCCGGGGACAUUGAACGGCUGGCGCGGUUUCUAUGGAGCCUACCGGUGGCCCACCCGAACAUCUCGGAACUGGACCGUUCCGAGGCGGUGCUGCGAGCGCGGGCGAUAGUUGCAUAUCACACGGGACACUUUAGGGAGCUGUACACGAUACUGGAAAGGCACAAGUUCACCAAAUCGUCCCAUGGAAAACUACAAGCGAUGUGGCUAGAAGCGCACUACCACGAGGCAGAAAAACUACGCGGACGACCAUUAGGACCAGUCGAUAAGUACCGCGUCCGGAAAAAAUUUCCGCUCCCAAGGACCAUCUGGGACGGCGAGCAGAAGACCCACUGCUUCAAAGAGCGCACGCGAAGCCUGCUAAGAGAGUGGUAUCUCCAGGAUCCAUAUCCGAACCCGACCAAGAAGCGGGAACUGGCCCAGGCCACCGGUCUCACCCCGACCCAGGUGGGAAAUUGGUUUAAAAAUAGACGCCAACGGGACCGAGCUGCGGCGGCCAAAAAUAGGCACAAUCAACCUCCUCUGUCCGGUUCCGGAGCGACCUCACUAACACCCCGGCGAGGUGAUGCACCACUUUCACCCACGGACACCGAUUCCGAUUCGGACAUCUCGCUCGGAACGCAUUCGCCAGUACCGAGCAUGUCCCUACAACACAGUCCCAGUUCGCUGCCCGGUUCCAGCGAGGAUCGCCUGAACGACGACCGAGAUCGGGAGAAGGAUUUCCGCAGUUUUGCAUCGCUUCACUCGUUCCGCUUUGGGGACCAUCUGGCGGGCGGAUUCCUACCUGAAAACUUUUCGCUUUCACUUUCAGGCUCGUUCAACAACAGAUUCAUGCCUUACCGCCUCGGGGACAACUCACCUCCAAUCAAUACUCACUCACCCCCGAUAGGUUUGACACAUCUUCCAAUCACACCGACAGUCCUUCGGCCGCAGCCUCACUUACCUCCAUCGCUCUCAGUGACGGCACCGACGGCAACGACCACAUCGAUGAGUGAGUCUCCGAACAGUAACAGUAGUGCCACCACCAGUUCCAUCAAUAACGGUGCCACUGGAGGGUUGGCGAUAGGUGGAAACAGCGGUUCCAGUGCUCCCCUGAUGGCCCAAAUGUCUCCACUCAGAAUACGGGUCAGUUCACCGACGCGACUCAACGCGGACCUGCUACAGCACAGUUCGCACCAUCAUAGUCUCAUGAACGGAUUGAACGCCAGCGGGAUCGUGCGGAUUGUUCCUAACACAACGACCAAUCUCAUUCAUCGGCCAUUUUCGCCAUCGCCCAAACCGAAGGAAGCGUCGUGAUAAAAUCUACCGCCGUCGCUGCAUGAAAAAGGACAGCCAUUCGACACCCAACGCGACUGGCCAUCGCCGAGUAGUUGAUUAAUGUAGUGAAAUAUGUACAAGGAGACUACUAGUAGAGAGCACAAGUUGAAACUAAAGCAUAUAAAUCUCCUUAAACUUGUUACUAAAGCCAUAAAACAGUGAAGCAAAUCGAAUACUUUUAAGUAAGACAUUUUAAUACGGAACGCACUGCUUUGGUAAAUUAGAUUUACUUUAAAACUUUGGCAAAUCACGUCAUAUUUAUUUGGCGUUCUGGAAUGCGCGUGGCGCACAUAAUGUGGUACCCCGGCAUCCGGCGCCUCUUUUCCUCCCCCUAUAUAUACAUAGAGAAGGCAGCAGCGGCACACCAUACCACCCAGAAGUAUGCGAGGCCAUGGUGUGUGCAGUGUUGGGCGGAUCAAUAUCACCGACAGCGUGUGCAUACCAACACACUAAAAUAACGCUACAGUACAGCAGUCGACGGCCGCCGGCCGCGCACAUGCGUAGAAACGCGCCCCGAUUGGGGAACUGGCAGCACUGCUCGACGACGAACGACAUCCUCGGUGUCGGAUGCGUGCAACAUUUUUUCCCAGAUCUAGUGAGCCGCGUGACACUCUGUAAAUGCGAUGUAUCUCGCGAAGCGAUCACGGUGUUCUUGCGGCUACUGUUAUCGAACGAAAUAUAAUGCCGGGGUUAGCUUGUGGUUAUGAUAUUCAGGGUGUCUAUGCUCGUUAUGUAGAGCUUGAUAAUCGAAUUUGAAACAUGAAAUAUCCAAUCGUUUAGUUAUCAUGCAUACAAGUCAAUCAAUAAUCAAAGUUCCUCACUUGAAAAACUAGUUAAAAUGAUAAAUGCCAUUCUUAAUACCUAUUAGCUGUGCUGUAAACAUUCGAAAUUUCUCUUGGCGUUUGUUUUGCUUCCAUGGUCAUCAGUCAAUUGAGUUUUCUACGCUCAUAAGCUACCGUCAGCUUUCACACACAUCACUAGCGGUAGAAUGAACAUCGAGAAACACAAAAACUUUGGAUUGAAUGUUUUCUGACACGAUGACAUUUUCAUUAAUUUUAAAUUUUGCACAGAUUUCUGAAAUGUCCAAUAAUAAACAACAAUAAAAGUUUAAUUUUGCUUGUUAUGUCGAAUGCAUACAGUAAAAGCAUCUCUUAUUACAAAAAAA